GCGGGGAGAGAGAGAGGCAGGGUCAACUAAUGACCUGGCGCACUGCUAAAUGCAUGGAAAUUGUCUGUCUGGGCCAGAGUUAGAGAGAGAGAGAGAGAGAGAGAGAAAUUACAAUUAAUUGGAAAUAUGGCUAAGCCGAGAAUUAGCUCAGGGGGGUAGGGGGUGGUAGGCAAUGUCCCUCUCACUUUAUCAGCCUGCUAAGUCUUCUUGAAGGCAAUUGAAAAGCGGGAAAAGAAUAAUUAUGAAAGCCACCCCCCUCCCCCAUGCCUUUGACAUCAAGAUUAAGACUUUAGACCAGCUAAAAGCUGAGGAGAAAAGCUGAAAAGUCAAGGAAAAGUCAUUUGUUUUAAGGAACUUUUCACCUCCUAAACUUAGCUUAGAAAAGUCAGGAAAAAAUACCUCAUCACAUAGCCUAAGGAAAAGCCUUCGAAACUUUAGGCCUGGCUAACCCCAAACCUAACUAACAUUCCAAACGUUGAUCGUAAAGACUUCACACCUACACACAGACUUCCCCUUUUUGGCUUUUAAAUUUUUCCUUAAAAAAAAAAGGAAAAAUUUUCAAAAAGAAAUCCGUAAAAAAAAAUCAGAUUCAAAAUUCCCACAAAAUGACCUCCUCUUGGGUGCUUCUCAUCGUUACCAUCCUGCACUUUGGAAUGCGCGGCAGCUGCCUUCUGGACAUCGAACGUUUCCCGGUCAUUCCCGGCACCAUCUAUGCCGCUCACAUUGCCUACUGUGCCAUCUUGCACUUCCUGCACGACCUGGACAUCCUUCCCAUACGCUAUCGUCGUCGCAUGGGCUGGCUGGCUGCCUUCCUGAUCGAACUGGUUUUGGGCAUGGCCUUCAUGGAGAUUAUGGGUCUAUGGCUCUGGUGCAGCGUCGAGCACAUCAUUCACCUGACCAUCCAGUUUGUUCUGCGUCAUUAUGCCGGUAUUCCCACUGAUCUCUACCAGCGCUGGGAAUGGGCAAUUAUGGGUGGCCUGAUGACCUCACUGGCUGCCUUGCUUUGGCUUAAUGCCUACGAGGCGACGGAACCAGUCGAGACUAAAAGCGAGUUCAUGAUGAAGGACUUGAAGGCCAAGAUAGCCAGUCGCCAGCAGAUGAAGCGAGAGGAGAGGCAAAGGCAGCAGGAGCAGAAGGAGCAGGAACUGAAGGCAAACCAAGAUCAAGAUCUGGAGAAGAUCAAACACCUUGCUGAGAAGAAGCGAGAGGAGAGGCAGAGGCAGCAGCAGAAGGAGGAGCAGGAGCAGCAGCUGAAGCCAAACCAAGAUAAAGAUCAGGACAAGAUCACCCACCUUGCUGAGCAGAAAACAGAAGAUGAUCCCAAAGUAAAGCUACUCGAUGAGCAGCAUUUAGAAGUCCUAACCACAGCCACCGAUUGCUAGCUAUUAACCAGCUGGUCAGUUGGCCAGUUGGAAUCUCAAACCCCCUGUUGGCCCCUUUGAUGUCGUCGCCACUCAUUCCUCAUUGGACAGGCAGGCAAAGAAGCAGGACUGGGUGAAGAGGCAAAACGGGCGAUCAUGCCGGGAAACCAGACCAGAGGAAGCAAAUGUAUUUAUUCCAGCCAGAUGGACUCGAAAAGCUCUAAAAGACCGUGUGGCCUAAAGGAUGCUGAUGUUGGCUUGGGGGGCG